AUGAAUCCAUUAGCUGAGCUUCUCAUCUAUGUCCACAUGGCUUGUGACAAUACCUUUAGUCUUGAAGUAAAGGCAGGAUAUACCAUUAGCGAUGUCAAGGUCAUUGUAGAGAGUUUAAGAGGAAUUCCUGCAAGUCAAAUAAAAUUUUUUCAUGACAAAGUUGAGCUUCAGGAUUGCUUCACCUUAUCAUUCUACAAAAUAAAGCACCAAUCUGUUCUACAUCUACAAGCUCCAAUACAGAUAUUUGUCAAAAUUGUUACCGGAAAGACCAUAACUAUCACAACUGAAGCUAGCGAUACCAUUGCAAUUAUCAUGACCAAGAUUGCAUGCAAGACAGGUUUUAUAUGCAAGAAUUUGAAGCUCAUGUACGCUGGAAAG